AUGGAGAAUGGCUGCGGCGAAAUUUCCCAACUCAUUCCUCUGGAGCCCCCAGACCAAUGGGUGCCAGUUAAUAACAUCCGCAGCAUUGUUUUUAUGGUCGUUCGCGAGAUCCUCAACGAGGGUGCAAUGCGCGAUGCGCUCGAUCACCUCAUCAGAGAUCAUCUCCCGAUCCUCGGUGCCCGCCUGGAAACCAAUUCUAGAAAUGGAGACCUGGCAUAUCGCGUUCCGGAUUCAUUCUCGGCUGCUUACAACUUGUUCCAGUGGUCAAAUCAAAUCGAUGAUUCUUCUCUUGCAGCCGCUCAGGUGCUACCGGAGACUCCUCAGGCCGAUUCCGGUCCUUUUUACGGGCCAUGCUCUAUUCCAGAGUUGGAAAAGAAAUGGACACCUUCUACUUGGCCGAAGGAACGCAGAUUCGAGAAGCCUGACACUCCUCUUCUCCUCGUGCAUAUCACCAAAUAUACGGACGCCACGGUUGUUACAUUGAACUUACCACAUGCUGUAUCGGAUCAGAUGGGAUUUGCAAGCUUGAUCAUUGCUUGGAUACAAGUUAUCAAGGGAGAAACACCGACAGAGUUUCUCAAACUGCAGCCUGGCGUAUUGGAUGGACUGAAGAAUAUGUCAAAGAAAGAGCUGCGAAAGAAAGGAACAUUGCGUAUUAUGAGCAAUUCGGAUAAAAUAAGAUACAUAAUCGGUUUGCUACCGGAUCUCAUACUCAACCCAGAGGAAACACGGCGAACGCUAUUCCUGCCGGUCAAGUUGGUUGAAGAGCUACGCGACCGUCACACGCAGACCCUAAAAAGCGAACACGGAGAAGAUACUGUGGCCUUGACAAGCGGUGAUAUUGUCACUGCAAUCCUGGCCAAACUUGCGUACUACGGUCGCAAAAGUUCCAAGAAUGUGAGCCUCCACACAGCCGUGAAUGGUCGCGGACGCCAUCCGGCACUUCCUGCCGACAAGCCGUACCUCCACAAUUGCGUAUGCCAUAUUCUCAUGCAGGGCCCAAAUCCGCACAAAGUCUCGCUCGCAAAGCUAGCUCACCAGCACCGCCUUGCAGUCCUCGAGGGGCUCAAGCCGGAAAGUAUCGAGCGCAACCUGGCAGUCACUAAGGUGCUUUGGAAACGCAAGCGUAUGUUACAGAUUGCCGAGCCCGGUAACUUGAGUUAUUCAUGUAGCAAUUGGUGUGGCGCGUGGCGCAAUAUCGACUUUGGCCCAGCCGUCGUAUCAAAACAGGGUAUUUCUGUCAAUGAGAGUGCUACAGCUCCGCCUCUUGUGUUGGGACAUUCACUUGAACGCAACCAUCCUACGAGAUUCAAUGCGCAGAUCAUGUGCAAGGCGGAUGGCGGAUUCUGGUGUGAUUUCACGGUUUCUACCAAAACAGCGGCUCUGGUGGAAAGGCUUCUCAAAUCCGACCCCAGACUACGCAGCCUUUGA